AUGGGAAAGAAGAGAAGAAACAAGAAAAUUAACCAAGAAAAACAGAGGCAUGAUCCAGAUGAUAAUAACAGCCCAACAACCACUUCAAUCUCCAGGUAUUUCGAUAUCUGUAGCCUAACUGAUGAUGUCCUUCACCAUAUUAUUCCAUCACUUAACCAUUUAUGGAAGUACGAUGGAGAGAAACCGUAUAAUCAUGUCAAUAUCCCAAAAAGUAAUAAGAUGGACCCUAACGAUUACAUCAGUCGUUUGCCUGAUAACAUCCUACACCACAUCAUUUCCUUCCUCCCUUUUGAAUCCGGUGUCCGAACUUCUAUCCUUUCAACUCACUGGAAACACCUCUGGAAAGAGGCUUUGUUGGAACCAGUCCAUGAUGUAAUAACAAUGGAAGCUGCCACUAAAAUCAUACAAAGUUUUGUUGAUGAUUUCGAUACACACUAUAGGCCUAGAAAUAAAUGGGGGUUCAGGUUUGAGUUUGGUCAUGGAAGAGGCAUCUUAGUUGCUAGCAUUUCCAGCAAGGGUGCACUUCAACUUGAUUUUUCAGGUGGUAAACAAGAAUUACCAAGGCCAUUUGAUUUGUUUUUGAAGCUGAAUCUUGCAUCGCCUAACCAUUUAUCACCUCCAUACAUGUGGUUUGAUUGGUGGCAGCUUGAGGAAAAUCACCCACUGCAUACCCAACAACCUUCUUGGAACACAAUGAAAGUAAAAUCGUUGUAUCUCAUAUCAGUAAGCCAACUGUCUAAUAUGGCAGUUUCUUCGUUGGUGGCAAAUUUGCCAUUUCUCCAAAGCUUGACUAUCACCAAAUGCAGUGGAUUACAAUCUUUACAGAUAAAAGAGGCCAAAGGGCUUCAUAAAUUAGUGGUCCUUGAUUGCCCCGGUUUACAAUCUCUCAGUUUUGAAGGUGUCUCUUUAAAAUCUUUCAGAUAUAGAGGCAACUUAGUGUCGAUCAAAGUGUCCUGCAAAUGUAAGCAUAUUGCCCAGUUUUGCAGGUGUGACUGUGGAUUAUUCUUGGAAGAUGUCAUGGUUGAUCUCAGACAAGGUCAUCUAACACAAUGGACAUGGGACUUUCAGAAGUCUUUCCGUUGCCUUUAUCAUUAUGAUCUCUAUGAAAAAACCCGUUGUCGCUGCACCAACAGGAAAAGAUGUUUCAAAUCAAUUUUGAUAAGCAUAAGGGGUGUUAAAUCUCUAACAAUAUGCAGAUGGUUUUUCGAGACAUCGAUGUGCAACUCGUUGCCCUUUUCAAGUAGAGACCUUCUACCUUGUAUGAGACAACUAGAAGAGCUUUGGUGGAUCGAUUGCUCAAUGGAAAGAGAAUCUAUUAAUGCCUUACUUUGCUUUUUGAAGCUUUGUCCUAACUUGGAAAGACUGUUUGUGACAAUUGAUCCAAAAUGCUAUAACAUGCCCAGCACUGGAAAAUUCUCAGAUUCAGUCAUUGUUUCUGAAAAGCUCGAUGAUCUCAAAGCUGUGAAACUUGAAGGAGUUGCAGAUGAAGAAAAGGAGAAUUUCAUUGCUAGGAGACUGAUACCUUUAUUCGGAGAAAAUAAUCCAGUUAUUAUAUCAAAAUCAGGUGAGAAAUGUAUAAAACAUCUAGUAAAAGUAGCAAAGUUGGAGAAGAAAGGGAAGUACCCAUACAAGUUUAAAGUGGUUGAAAAUGUUAAUGAAAAUUUUCCGGAUCAUGUUCAUAUGAACGUCUAG